GUAGAAGGAGCAUUUCCAAGAUGUUUAGUGCCGGGCGUCUCUACCUGGUGGUGUUCCUGUUGGCACCGAUAAGCCUCUGUUUCGCGCAGGAAACGCGUUUGGUUUGUUACUUUACCAACUGGUCACCGGAUCGGGCAGGAGAGUACUCGUUCCAAGUCAGCGACAUACCGGUCGAUUUGUGUACCCAUGUGACGUACAAUUUCGCUGCCGUCGAUUCGGAGAGCUUCGAGAUCAAGUCUUCGAACCCGAACUUCGACAUUGCACAGGAAGGAUUUAAGAAGUUUGCCGAACUGAAGGAGUCGAACCCGGACCUGAAGCUAUCAGUGGCGGUUGGUGGUUGGGCGCACGGUGGUGAUGCGUUCCAUAAGAUGGCCUCAUCGUUGGAUGCGCGGCAAACGUUCAUCUCCAGCGCGAUACGGUUCAUGGAGCGGCACAGUUUCGAUGGUAUCGAGAUCGUUUGGGUGUGGCCUGGAAGCCCGGAGCGCGGUGGCACUGCAAGUGAUAAGGAUAACUUCUAUCUGCUGGUCAAUCAGAUGAAGCGUGAAUUCCAGAACGCUGGCCAUGGUUCGUGGGAAGUGGCUAUACAGGUGUCAGUGGAUCGUUACCGAAUCGAUCUGGGCUACCAUCAAAGUCGCCUGUGCGAGGCUGCUGAUUUUGUGCACAUUGCCGGAUACGAUCUGCGUGGAUCGUGGAAUGGUUUCACCGAUGUGCACAGCGCUAUGGACAAUCGGCCUCACGAUAAGGACAAUUUGAAGGAUUACACCGUGAAAGGAGGUGUUCGGCAUUGGAUGAGCAACGGAUGCCCGGCGAAUAAGAUCGUCCUAGGUGUCCCACUGUUUGGCCGAACGUACACACUGGCGGACAGUGGAUCGCACGGCCUGGCUGCUCGUUCUACCGGUCCCGGUACUUCGGGCCCUUACACGCGUGACCCCGGAUACAGAGCUUACUUUGAAAUUUGCGAAGAAAUGAAACAAUCAACGUGGACUGUCGAGUGGGACGCGCAGGGUAUGUGUCCGUACGCAUUCCUGGGCAAUCAGUGGGUUGGAUACGAGAACAUCAACUCGUUGGAUGAAAAGGUCGAGUUCGCACAGUCCGAACGGUUGGCCGGAAUAUACGCAUUUUCGCUGGACUUGGACGAUUACAGAGGGAAGUGUGGAGUAGCCUAUCCGCUCAUGAAGAAUCUCUUCCAAGCGUACAGACCAAUUCGAGCUCCGCUGUUCUCGGACGACGAUCCGGUUGAUUUCCCCGUCAUACGUUCUCGCCGUGAUGUCGAGUGAAUCCAACAUAUGCGCAGUCAGUUUUGAUGGGCGAAUGGGAUAAGCUUUGCGAGUAUCACUUUCUAAUAAAAUG